GCUCAUUUCACAACGGGCUUUGAAUUUCGUUCAACAAUGAGUUCUAAACGUUGCAGUGUCCGUGAUUGUUACAGCGGGUAUUUUGGUGGCUCCAAAACCUUUUUUAGUUGCAACGCAAAGUACAGGGACUGUGCUAAAUGGAAAGCGUUCACAGAACACGACGACCCUCCGAAAAACUGUUACAUCUGCGAAGAUCACUUCCUUCCGGAGGAUUUCAUCAACGUUAAUUGCAAGAGUCAAGGGCUUCGGAGGUUCGUUGUGCCAAGCAUUAAACCGCCUGCUGACUCGUUACUGAUGCUUAUCCGAAACAAAUGUAACAAAACAAAUUUGAUGAAUAAAUAA